ACGAAAUGAAAUAAAGGAAAGAGAAACUUGUUAUUGGAUCUUUCUCUAGGGUCCUAAUUUUUAUCUCUUGUUACUUUUUGGGGAUCAGAUUGCGUGCAUAAAUAAAUACCCAGAUCUUCUGCCGUCUUGGGGUUUUCCCUUUCUCUUCCCGAGCUGGCUCAUCCAUCCAUCGUGCCAUCCCAUUAACUUUGCACUAAACAAGGACUUUGGGUUGAAUUAACCUUGAUUUAAGGAAAGAAGGCUAUCACAGCUAUCAAAGCUUACUUCGCUAGCUGCCUAGGUAGAGGAUAGUGCUGCCGUCUCAACCUAGUUGCCCUCAAAUGGUCCAAUCACGAUAGAGGGACAAGGAAACCACGGUACAAUUCCCAAUACUAUCCCACUCCACCUUCGCCAUCAGCUACUGUGACGAAAGAAAAUAAAUACGAUUCACUCAUUUCCAGCCUCAAUCUUCUUUCCUUCUCUUGGCCAUUCACGAAUUUACCUUUUCUCUUCCUCCUCUUUCUCCUUCUCUUCCCUCUCCUCGACCUCCUACACCUUUUCUCUUCCGCCAUCUUCUCUCUAUCGAUAAUACCUAAAAUACCGCAGACAUGGCGAGAUCUACAAUACUCGCAAGUUUACUGCUGAGCUCUUCGCUUUUGAGCUCUGCAGGUGCAAACACCAUUCAAAUGUCAAUCGCCAAGAAUCAUGCCAAUGAAGCAGAACAAUUACAAAGGCGUCAACAAUACCUCCAGCGACGGGGUAUGGGAGAGGUGAUGCGAGUUGAAGAAAGGGCAGAUACAGUCACGGCCAGUCUGGGAAAUGCUGUAACUAGUGGAUUAUAUUAUGCCAAUGUUACAGUGGGGUCACCGGCACAGGCACUGAGUUUACAAAUCGAUACGGGUAGUUCUGAUGUUUGGGUGCCGAGUUCGAGCGCGAGCAUUUGUGAGGAUACUAGAGAUGGGGGAUGCCCGGGGGGAAGUUUUGAUUAUUCUGCAUCCAAGACUUUUCUCGACGUAGACCAAGAUGCUUUCAAUAUUUCAUACGUAGAUGGAACUGGAUCCACUGGAGAUUAUUUCCAAGAUACAUUCUCAAUUGGUGGAGCAACUGUUAAAGGUUUCACAAUGGGUUUGGCUACCAAUACUUCUAUCUCAAUUGGAAUCAUGGGUAUUGGAUACAAUAGCUCCGAAGCAAAUAUUCAGACUGGAAACGGGACUACGUACCCAAAUUUACCGAAUGUGAUGGUCUCUUCAGGAUUGAUCAAAUCAAAUGCCUAUAGCUUGUGGUUAGAUGAUUUACAAUCAAGUACUGGCUCAAUAUUAUUCGGUGGUAUUGACACAGAGAAAUACGUGGGUGAUUUAGUCACAGUCAAUGUCUACCCAAGUUCUCGUGGAGGAUCAGUAACAUCCUUUACUGUAGCUUGGACUUCUCUCUCAGUUCAAUCCUCAUCUGGAACUGAUCAAUUGACCCCUACCGAUUUUGCUCGCCCAGCAAUCCUCGAUUCUGGAACCACCAUUACCCUUCUACCUGAUGACGUUGCAGCUAUUGUUUUCGAAGAACUUGGAGCAACAGUCUCUCAACAACUUGGUGCGGUAGUAGUUCCAUGUGCUCUAGCCAAGAAGACUGGUAGCAUAAACUACGGUUUUGGGGGAGUGGGUGGCCCCACCAUCAAGGUGGAUGUGUCACAACUCGUAUUACCUCUCACCACAAGCAAUGGCCGUACACCAACUUACGACAAUGGUGAGGCAGCUUGUCAACUCGGUAUCCAAGCUGCCGGCUCAAACCCCACGCUUUUCGGUGAUACGUUCUUGAGAUCAGCAUACGCUGUCUAUGACCUCGACAAUAACAGAAUCGGACUUGCCCAAACCGAUUUUGACGCUACUGGAUCCAAUAUCGUACCAUUUGCAAGCGCAGGUGCACCUAUCCCAAGUGCAUCGAGUGCACCAAAUGAAGAAGCUGUCACUCAAACAGCUUCCGGAAUUCCAAGAGUUGGUGUAACAGCGACUGCGACUGGAACUGGUCAAGCAGCAACGUACAAUCCCACUGCCACGGGAUUGAAUGCUGAGGAUGGGUUUACGUCUACAUCAUCAGCGACUAGCUCUUCGAAAAAAUCUGCUGGAUCAGGAGGUCCUGCACCAUUUGAAUGGGCUAGAGUCUUCGUUGGUGGUUUCGCGAUAACAAUGGCUGCUGUUGGGGGUGGUAUCUUUACUCUUCUAGUUUGAUAAAGUUUUGAAGAUAGGAAGCGGAGGAAAUACAUAAGCAAAAUACAUUGUAUAUUAUGUACUUACACAGCCUUGUGUAGUUUUACGAAGCAAUACGAAAGCGGAUAUUAUAUUUGGCGCAAAGAGUCUUUUUUUUCUGGAAGCGAUGGCAUUGAUGGAUGAAUAUAUGUGCUCGGGUUGUUUAUACUGAGCAUAGCAGGAGAGGUAUUUAGUUUAAUAGGAAGAUGAAAUAUGGAAUAGAGAAAUAUACUCUUCAAUCAUCAGUUCA